CUAAAGCAUCAUCAUCAUCAUCAACUUCUUUCUUGUUGUAUAAACCUCAGUUGUUUCCAUUCUGUGAGCUCCCCCUCUGUAAUCAUAUCACCAUGAAAUGAUAUGAGAAUAAAGAUCGAAACUUUAUACUGCUGAGCUUAAAAAGAAACAACAUUUCCCGGAAAUGGUUUCUCUGGAAGAAUCGCACUCUAAUUCCCGGACGCUAUACAAUACGUCUUCAACCUCUUCUACCAAGAUUCAGAGAUCUCUCGGCCGUUCCAUGCGGACCAUCCGCUCCAAUCUCUAUCAGACAGACCGUAGCUGUUCUUUCGCGGAUAAGUCUUCAUGUGUGUCUGAGAACUUGACCGAUUCCGUCAUCGAUAUGCGGCUCGGAGAGCUCGCCUCUCGCAGCAAUAAGUCUGCUCAGUCUCCCUCCCAAGAUGAGGAAUAUCUGGAUCUUUCACAUGCUUUCAGCGAUUUUUCGGCUUGUAGCAGCGAUAUUUCGGGGGAGUUGCAGAGGCUAGCGAGUCUUCCGCCCUCCGAGGAUGUCGCCAAGAAUGAGAGCUCCGAUCCGGAGCCAGAGCCUUGCUUGGGGUUUCUGCAGAGGGAGAACUUUUCCACUGAGAUUAUUGAGAGUAUUUCGCCGGAGGAUCUGCAGCCCACGGUGAAGAUGUGUGUCGACGGGCUUCAAUCGCCGUCUGUUGCGGUGAAAAGGUCCGCGGCCGCUAAACUACGCCUACUCGCUAAGAAUCGCGCGGAUAAUCGGGCUUUGAUUGGUGAAUCGGGUGCUGUUCCUGCUUUGAUUCCGCUUCUCCGUUGUACCGAUCCGUGGACGCAGGAACACGCCGUCACGGCUCUGCUGAAUCUCUCCCUCCAUGAGGAGAACAAAACGUUGAUUACGAACGCCGGUGCUAUCAAAUCUCUGGUUUAUGUCCUCAAAACGGGGACGGAGACUUCGAAGCAAAACGCAGCUUGUGCUCUACUGAACCUCUCGCUGAUCGACGACAACAAGAUCUCGAUCGGUGCCUGCGGUGCGAUCCCGCCGUUGGUUUCGCUUCUCCUGAACGGAUCAAAUAGAGGCAAAAAAGACGCACUCACCACUCUCUACAAGCUCUGCUCGAUGAAGCAGAACAAAGAAAGGGCUGUGAGCGCUGGAGCGGUGAAACUGCUGGUGGAAUUGGUCGCGGAGCAGGGAACCGGUUUGGCAGAGAAGGCGAUGGUGAUACUGAGCAGUUUGGCUGCUAUACCCGAGGGAAGAACAGCAAUUGUGGAGGAAGGGGGUAUUCCGGCACUCGUUGAAGCCAUCGAGGACGGGUCGGUGAAAGGGAAGGAGUUUGCAGUGUUGACCCUUCUGCUAUUGUGUGCCGAUAGUGUGCGGAACAGGGGUUUGCUGGUGAGGGAGGGUGGCAUACCUCCUCUUGCUGCGCUUUCCCAGACUGGAACUGCUCGAGCCAAGCACAAGGCUGAAACGCUUCUGGGGUAUUUGAGAGAGCCAAGACAGGAAGCUUCCACUUCAAGUCCUUAAGAGUGGUAUUAUUAAUAUUUUUUUUUUUUUCCUCUUCCUAGUCCUACUAUUUUGAGAGGUGUUAGUAUUACCUAGUGGUUGGUUCAUGACUGUAUAUAGGGAGUGCUUUGAUGAUUUGUACAGUGUGGCUGAGAGAUCUUGAGAAUGAAUGAUAAAAAGGGAGAAAAUUAGAUGAAGCUAGUGUUAGCAUCUGACUUUUUAGAUGUAUGAUUUUGACUAGGUUUUGGGGCUUUUUUUUUUUUCUUUUUUUCUUCCCUUUUUUUUAUUGCAGGGGGUAAGACGUGUUUGCCUUUGUGGGUUUUAUUUUGAUGAGGAUUUGGGUUAUAAUCCUUAUAUUUGUUUGGGUGAUCCAAAUUCUGUUAAAAGUUUUACAUAAUUGUCUGUCUGGUUUCUAUAUGUGAAAAAUAUAGAUUAUGGCUUGAUUGUUUUUCC